AUGGAAGCUUUUCUUUUAUAUAAAUAUAAAAAAUGCCUACAUUGCAAUAAGAAAAUUACUGAUCCCGUAAUAAUUUAUAAGUUAAAAAUCAAAAUUUGUAGACAAUGUAUUGUUGAUGCUUUAAUUAGUAAUGAAGAAUUCGAAAAAACUUAUUUUCCUGUCGAUUCGAGACUGACUGAUAAAAGAGCAAUAAUUAAAGCAGUUUAUUAUUCUGUAGAUUUUAUGCAGCUUAAAGGAUCAUAUUUAAGUUUUGACCUACAGUACGAUUCCAUGCUAUCACAUGUAUUAUUUUUUUAUAGAAAAGAUAUUGAUAAGUUCGCAAAGGAAUUAAAACAAAUUCCUAAUGAUAAUUUAGUUAAUUGGCUACAAGAGAGAGAAAAUAUUGUUCAUCAAUAUCAAAAAAAUAUUUUAAAGGCUAAACAUCCUCUGCUUAAUGAUAAAAAUAUUGAAUUGAUGUUAAGUAGAGCUUCAUUUUGUAUUCCUUCAAAAUUUAGCUUAGCGACAAUUUAA